GCGUUCGAGCAGUUUUUCGAGCACCGUCGGCAGUGCUUGGGCACGUCGCAGGCCGUACCGCUGCCAUCUUGCUCGUGUCGCUGAAGUUGUGCGGUUGUGCUUCUGGAACAGGAUCGCACAACCACUCACAUUUUUUUGUGAAUAAAAAAAAUACCAACAAAAAUACACAAAAAAAUCAUAAAAAAUCAAAAAAUCUACCCCCAAAAAAAUCGCAAAACUGUGAAAAACCAAGCAAAACACACAAAAACCCCCCACUUUUACCCAGCCGUAUUUUUUCAUUUCGCAAAAAAAGAAGAGAUUGCCAACAGUGCGAGUGUGCGUGUGUGCGUGUGCAGUGCGAACAAACGAAGUCGUGCGUGAGAAAUUGAAAGAAAGAAAAAAUUCGACCGUCGACGUCAGCGCUCAGCCCUCUCCCCCCGCACCCUGCUACUACGGCGAACCAUUCUCAGCGUCUCGGCAUUUGGAAGCAAGAAGCAAAAGAAGUUCCGUGUGGUUGACAACGCGCGGUGCAUCAAAAAAGCGAAACGUAGCAGCAACAACGUGUCCACCAACACCAACAAACACAGUGUGAGUGCGCGUACUUCGUGAUUGGAAUAUUUUUUCGAAUCGGAUCCCUUCUGCGUGGAUUUCCGGUGGUGUGUUCGGUGGUCAUCGAACGAGAGCAACCCACGUGCCCCGUGAACGUGUGUGUGUGUGUGUGUUUGUGUGCGCACCGCUGAAUAAGUCGAGUGAAAGUCUCUGAACACAGAUAUAGAAAAGAAAAGGCAGUAAUCAGCAGCAGCAGCACACAAGAUGAAUCCCGGCGCACCGAACUACCAGAUGGCCUCGCUGUACGUGGGCGACCUGCACUCGGACAUUACCGAGGCGACGCUGUUCGAGAAGUUCUCGUCGGCCGGCCCGGUCCUGUCGAUUCGCGUCUGCCGCGACCUGAUCACACGCCGCUCCCUCGGCUACGCGUACGUCAACUUCCAGCAGCCCGCCGAUGCCGAGCGUGCACUGGAUACGAUGAACUUCGACCCGAUCAAGGGCCGCCCGAUCCGCAUCAUGUGGUCGCAGCGUGACCCGUCGCUGCGCAAGUCCGGCGUCGGCAACGUGUUCAUCAAGAACCUGGACAAAAAGAUCGACAACAAGGCGAUGUACGACACGUUCUCCGCGUUCGGCAACAUCCUGAGCUGCAAGGUGGCGCAGGACGAGAAGGGCCAGAGCAAGGGGUACGGGUUCGUGCACUUCGAGACGGAGGAGUCGGCCAACACCUCGAUCGAGAAGGUCAACGGCAUGCUGCUGAACGAGAAGAAGGUGUACGUCGGCCGCUUCAUCUCGCGCAAGGAGCGCGAGAAGGAGCUCGGCGAGAAGGCGAAGCUGUUCACGAACGUGUACGUGAAGAACUUCGGCGAGGAUCUGACCGAGGAGGCGCUGCGCGACAUGUUCGAGAAGUUCGGCCCGAUCACGAGCCACCGCGUGAUGACGAAGGACGGCAAGAGCCGCGGCUUCGGCUUCGUCGCGUUCGAGAAGCCGGAGGACGCGGAGGAGGCGGUGCAGAAGCUGAACGGUAAGGAGCUGAGCGACGGCAAGGUGCUGUACGUGGGCCGCGCCCAGAAGAAGAACGAGCGCCAGAUGGAGCUGAAGCGCCGGUUCGAGCAGCUGAAGAUGGAGCGCCUGACGCGCUACCACGGCGUCAACCUGUACGUGAAGAACCUGGACGACACGAUCGACGACGAGCGGCUGCGCAAGGAGUUCGCCCCGUACGGUACGAUCACCUCGGCCAAGGUGAUGCUGGACGAGGGCCGCUCGAAGGGCUUCGGCUUCGUGUGCUUCUCCGCGCCGGACGAGGCGACCAAGGCGGUGACGGAAAUGAACGGCCGCAUCGUCGGCAGCAAGCCGCUGUACGUCGCGCUGGCCCAGCGCAAGGAGGAGCGCAAGUCGCACCUGGCCAGCCAGUACAUUCAGCGCGUGAACAGCCUGCGCAUGCAGCACAUCGGGCAGGUGUACCAGCAGAGCGGCAGCUACUUCAUGCCGACCAUCGCCCAACCGCAGCGCUUCUACGGGCCGCAGGUGGCGCCGGUGCGUACCGCGCCCCGCUGGUCCGCCAACGCCCAGAUGCGCCCGAACGCGGGCAACCAGAACGUGGCGGCCAAUGCACCGGCCGGCGGCUACCCGGCCAUGACGGCGGCCCACGUCGCCAACAACCAGUACCGCCAGGCGGGUAAUGUGCGCGGCGCCAACCAGCAGGCCCCGAACGCCCAGUCGGCCCAGGCCAACUCGGCCGCCAUGCGCAAUGCGGCGCGCCCGAUCACCGGCCAGCAGACCGCGGCCAACAUGCAGACGCGCCCGGUUGCGCCGCAGCUGGCCGCCGGACAGGCCCGCACGCCCAACUACAAGUUCACGCAGUCCAUGCGCAAUCCGCAGGUGCCGCAGCCGGUGCCGAUCCCAGCUCAACCCGUUGCUCAGCAGGCUGUCAUCGUUAAAGGUCAAGAACCGCUUACCACCAGCAUGCUGGCUGCUGCUCAGCCGGCUGAACAGAAGCAGAUGCUUGGCGAGCGGCUGUUCCCGCUGAUCGAGCUCAUGUAUCCGAACCUUGCCGGCAAAAUCACGGGCAUGUUGCUCGAGAUCGACAACUCGGAGCUGCUGCACAUGCUGGAGCAUAAGGAGUCGCUCAACGCGAAGGCUGAGGAGGCUGUGGCUGUGCUGCAGGCUCACCAGAAGUCUUCGGCCCAAACCAACUAAGCGACGAACCCUCCGCCUAGCAGCAGCAGCGGCGCAGCUGGAAGCGACGUCGUCUCCCCCCGCUCGCGGCUCAGUUGGACACGGACCACAACCACCGCCCCUUGUUAGAGAAGAACCACCCUCCUCUUCAUGAUUAUUUAGUGUGUGCGUUCGUUUUGUCGAGGCGUUUCAAAUCAAUCCAACAUUGCCGCGCACACCCCCCUCAGAUGUAUGUACGAUGAUGGAAGAUGUCACAUGCCGCGGGUGGAUGUUAGGUAAAUUCAAUUAAACGAACCCCAUUUUUGCACUAUAUAUUCACGGUUGCGGGAUUGUGUGUAUAAUAUUCUUGCGUGUGUUCUGUAGCGGAGGGCAAUUGAUGGGCACGACGGACGAACUCGCAAAAAGAUACAUGAGUGUGGUGGAGUUUUGUGUUCACCUGAAUGAGGGUGGGGAGAUGGCGCUCGAUUUAAUUUUUUUUUCAUUAUUCAUACUAUAAUAUUGAAUAUGUCAUUUACUCGUAAACAGCGCUAAAACGAUUUCCCAGCUUUUUAUGCGGAGCACUUUGCGCACAUGCUGCAAAACCUCUUAUUAUGAGAUAAUAUAAUCUAUCAAAUAUAUUAUGCAAAAAUAUAUGUAUGAAGUAUAUAUAUAUAUACGAAAAAAUCUACAAAAAAAUGGAAAACAAAUUAUAAAAAUCGUAACUGAUGAAAAAGGUAACUGAAAAAAGAUUGCAAAAUAGAAAUGAAAUCAUCAUCCUCUUGACACGAUGGAGCAGAAAAAGAAGAAAAUAACAAAUGAGAGAUGGGUGGUGGUCGAUGUAGAAGAAGAGAAAAAAGCAAAAAAAGCGACACAAGAGCAAGCACAGUAGCAAAAGAGAAAAACAGAAAAUUGAGGAAAAAAACAGUAAACAACAGAAAAAAAUGUCUACAAAGAUUGAAAGAGAAGAGAGAGUACCUUCAAUAAUUGAACCAUGGAAACAAAACUUUGUCAGGACAAGUGAAAUGUGCUAAAAGAGUAACUUGCAGAAACACUUUUUGAAACAACAAGGAGAAACUACUACAAAAAUGCGUGAAGCAGCAGUAGAAAGUAUGGAAAUUAAACUUUUCUGUCUCUGCCAAGCCGCAUAUGUUGUGUGAAGAUUAUUGCAAAAGUUUAUGAAAAACAAUUCUGAACUUUUACGUGAAAAAAGCACAGCAGUACAGUGUAGUCGCGUGUACUGUAGGGUAGUAGGUAGUAUCCGACCAACUAGCGAGAAGAGAAGGUUACAAAAAGAAGAAAACAAAAAACGCAAAAAAUGUGAGCCAAACACAACCAUACGAUUGGGAAUGUUCUUAUGCAACAGCAACAGCAACAAAACAAAAAAAGAAGCGAUCCUUAUUUCAAAGAGAUACAACGGAACAACCGAUGCGACAGUCUUUAAAAUGAUGUAAACGAGAAAUAAACAAGCAAAAAAUUGAAAAAUAACAAAAAAAGUGAAAACAAACAUAUAUAAAAACAAAAAAGAGAAAAACUUACGUGUGGAAGAAGCGGAUAGAGAGAAAGAGAGAAGAGGACGAAGAAGAGUGGUAUGUGGUGGUAAACACGCGAUGAGGAUAACACGCGUGAGGAGGAGGAGGAGGGAGUAGGAGUUGGGUUGAAAGCGGAUGAUAGAAGCAAGAAACUAGGGAACUACAGCCAGACGGAAGAAAUGCAACAAUUAGGCACGAGAAAAUGGGAUAAAAAUAACAAUAGAAAAAAAAAAACUGAAAAACUUGCAACUGAAGAAAAUUCUACAAAACAAAAAAGGGACAUAUAUGAUGAAACACGGGACGAGUGAAAGCGAAAGUAAGAGAGUAUGAUACAUUAGGAGAGAAAUUUGUAUCUGUUCUUCAUUAAAACGAUAGGUGGCGUGUGCUUUUUUAUGUGCGGUUAGAAGCAGAUCACACGACGAGGUGAUCGUCGUCUCCUUGUCUUAGUCAGCGCAAAUGGAUUCUUUGCAUUUUGUUCAUCCUUUUUUGUUUGACUGUAGGGUUUUUGCUUGUUGUAGAAUCUCCUUUCGUGAGAGAAUCGGUUUCGACGCUUUUUGAGGGUUCGAUCUUUUCGAUGGCUCCCGCCAUUAUCAUAGUUUGGAGAUAGUAGAGACACAGUUUUCAGUUCAGGGUUAAUAUUUCCGAUAGAAAUGAACAAAAUGGAAUAUUUUCCCUUUUUUUCUAUGAAAAUAGUAUUCCCCCGUAGGCCUCCCAAGGUAGCUUUGUCAAAAUCUAGAUUUUUAAACCUUCUUUCUCCAACCAAGUAGAGGACGACACACUCCUUGCCGCGUGUACCCCGAGUGAGUGAAGCAGGGCAGAAGUGUGUAAAAGGUGUGCAUGGAAACACAAUACCACAAUAAUGACUCUGCAAUGGCUAUUUGCAGCAACCACUAGACAAAUGAGAUCAACUAAAACUGAAAGAUUAGAAGAGAACGAGAGAAGGGCGCGAAGAAUCCACGUAAAUUUCACUUUUCAAGAGUAAAGAGAAGACCCAGCAGAAGAAAGUCGCGGCAAACCAUUUUUACGUUUAGCAAAGCACGCAAUCACAGGAUUUGUUUUUUUGGGAUGGAAAGAGUAAUGUUUCCACCUCCAACCUGUGCACAAAAUUUCACAUCUCUCGCCAAGAAGAACGUGUGCGCUGGAGAGACACGUGGAUGGAUAUGGAUGACUGUUUGUACCGAACAUCUUUCAGCGAGCUAUUGCGCAGCACUGUGUGUCACUGCGGUCAUCACAGUGAGAGAGAGAGAUAGGAGUGCAGGGGAGUAAAACCAUCCGGAUGAUAGGUUAAUGUUGCCAGCAAAGGCACGAAAAAACCUACGCGGAUGGGGAUGAAAAACUGUUUUCAUCAGACGAGAACAACAACAAACACACUUCUUCGGGAGAACAACAUCAGUUUAGAGAACGAGUUGGAAUCGAAAGAUCAAUCCUGCUGCCGCUGGCUGGCUGGCUGGCUGGCUGGCUGGUAGUAGAAUCAUUGCUAACUAGAUCUGUGCGUCGAGUGUGGCGUGCGCCAACCAAAAGCAACUCAGUCGGACAGCGGGCAGCACGGUCUCUCGCUGCGAAGAAGGAUAAUAACGUGUUUCAGUUAAGAAAAUUUAAAAUAUCCGGGCUACUCUAAAUUGUAUGAGAUGAAAUUUUUUCCAACAAAUACCAACGCAAAAAUGUUUAUCAAUUUCAAUAAAAAACGAUAAGAUCCGGAAA